AUGGGUAAAAGAAAAUCAUCGGCACGUAAACCAGCUAAGAAGAUCAAACAAACAUUAGAUACAACUUUUACAUGUUUAUUUUGUAAUCAUGAAAAGCUGGUAAUUUGUACUAUUGAUAAAAAGAAUCUUUUAGGUGAAUUGCAUUGCAAAAUUUGUGGACAAUCUUUUCAAACUGCUAUACAUGCUUUAUCUCAACCUGUUGAUAUAUAUAGUGACUGGAUCGAUGCUUGUGAAGAUUUAGCUGAAGAAGCAGAAAAGAAUGCUGCAGGUGGUGAAUAUUCUGAUGAUGAUGAUGAAGAUGAAGAUGACGACGAAGAAAGAACUGGAAGUAGAAAUCGUCCCGAAAGGAUAGACUCGGAAGACGAAGAGGAUUAA